AAGAACCUAAUUCAGUUAGGCUUUCGGCCCUGCGGCGCCCAAGCGCCCAAGCCACCGAGUUCGGAUGGAGUUGGAUGCUCUUAGUUUGGUGAAAUUGGACAUAUGAUAUACGAGAACCUUACCACAAGUGGCUUGCUUUCACCUGCAUCUCGAUCCUCGCUUUGUCAGAGAAUGGAAAACUGGGACCACACAGCAAGCUUGAGGCCAGCUUACGUUUCGCGCUUGCCAGCGAGUUCAACACGUCACAUCACUUAGGCGCUGGCUAUGGUGACUGCCAACGCACCAAUGAGAAUUCUUCUCGUGGUGUUGUCCUUGUGUUGUUUAGCGUUUUCACUAUCGCCCAUCAGUCAUCCUUCCUUGUAUGCGAGUAUGCGGUGGCCGUUCCUCGCAUCUUCUCAUUGGAGGCGCGACGCUGCACGCCCCACCAACUUGACUGGACCCCAGGUUCAACUAGCUCAAGGUCUCCUCACAGGUGUUAGCGCGCCCCAAUUCCGCCAGGAUUAUUUCCUGGGGAUUCCCUAUGCUCAGUCUCCAUUGGGUGAGCUGAGGUUUUCUCAGCCUCGACCACCGAAAGUGAAUCCGAGUCACAGAAUAGACGCCACCGCUUACGGAAAAGCGUGUUUGCAACCGCUUUUCGGGGGUCUGACGGGCUUGACAACCUCUGACUUGUCGGAAGAUUGUCUUUUCAUCAAUAUCAUCCGGCCUUCAAACCUGCCCCGCGGUACGAAACUUCCAGUGAUGGUUUGGAUUCAUGGAGGGGCUUUUUACUUGGGUGCUUCACAACUGUUUAACGGCUCGGCGAUCGUCGCCCAAAGCGUUCUCUUGAACGAACCUGUCAUCUACGUCUCCCUCAAUUAUCGUCUAAACGCCUUUGGCUUCCUCGGCGCCCCUGAACUGGCGGGUGACUCCACGACCGGAACGCUCAAUGCUGGUUUACAUGAUAUGAUCGGUGCAUUGAAAUGGGUGCAGGAGAACAUUGGUGCUUUCGGAGGAAACAAGAACCGAGUGAUAGUGUUUGGUGAGUCGGCGGGUGCGAUUGCGAUUGGGACUCUCCUCGUUGCUGGAGGAGGACAUUAUGUGAAACAUCACAACUUAUUCCAUGGUGCCAUCAUGGAGAGCGGGGCUCCAGCAGGUCUCCCCGUUCCCACUGUAUCCGAUCUCGUACCCUGGACAAAUAUCUUCACUACUGCAGCAGGCUGUCUUCCCUCCGAUCCCUCCAUCAUAUCAUGCCUUCGUUCGAAACCGUCUGAGAUGCUUUACCAAGCUUCGCUCGUAACGUUAAGCGCGACGACGGGCCUCGCACUCGUUUAUAAUCGAGUUGUGGACGGAUUCUUUUUCCAGGAAGGGAAACGCGCGGCGGAAGAGGUAAGAAAGGGGAAUGUAGCGGAUGUGCCUAUUAUCGCGGGGUGCAAUCUUGACGAAGGGACGUUAUUCGUACCUCACACGUUUAACACUGCGGACGAAAUAGUGAAUUUUUUCAGAGGAUUGUUAUACGUUGGAAACCUUAGCGUAGCGACGCCAGAACAAACGAAGCUCUUCAAAGGCCUUCUGGAGUUGUACCCCGAUAUUCCUGCGAUCGGAAGUCCCUACGAGCCUGUCGGGGCGAGUAAAGAUGAUCGGUUCUUUGGGUCGAAUAAUCAGUAUAAGAGAGCUGCGAGUUUGCUUGGGGAUAUUGUCUUUCACAGUGGUGCGUACCUAUCUACUCCGUGUCUGAUCGAAUUUGGGGGGUGGAACACAACCAAUGGCGUUCAUUUUUUCUUAUCUAAUGCGGGGGAAUUAUAUCAUUCAGGUCGACGCGCAUUGUUGGAUGCGUAUAUUAAACACUUUGGUUUCUAUCCGGCAUGGACAUACCUUUAUACCCAAGUGACUCCAGAUACACCAGCGUACCAAGGUGUCUAUCACGGAAGUGAGCUUCCGGCUGGUGAGUUUGCAGUUCAACCCCCUCUUGCCCUUCAUCGCUGCCAUAGCAGGUCUCUGAUUAUUUUCACAUGCCCCCCCCCUUCACUUUGAACUUUUCAUCAAUAUCGCGCGGGUGGGCUAUAAAACAGUAUUUGGACUGUACGCUAUACAGAAUACAACCUCGGAUCUGGGCAAAACCUCGUUAGUUAUGAUCAGCGCCUGGGUCACCUUUGCGAAUUCUCUCGAUCCUAACCGCCCAUUCUGUAAUGCACGCCCCUUGCCAAAUUUGUAUCUACCCUACAUAGUUACAAUGUUACAAUAUCAUUCGGACAACUACGGCUAAGGACAUAACUAAGCAGUUGACCGAUCCAUAAAAUAACAAACCAAGCACGCCAGGAAUCCAGAUCAACUAGAACACACCAACCAGGGGAUGAGAAAUAUGAGAUUUAAAGGAUGACCCCAAAUACG